AUGUCAACCUUCUGCUUCACAAGAUGGGUGCUUGUAAAGAAGGGACAGACUCAUGUACUAGGCUUGCAGAUUGAUAUUAUGCAUUUCUCGAUUGGCAAUGCUAUUCCAGGAUGCCUUUACGGUGAUAAUCCAAAAGACAACGGGGAAGGAAAUGGAGGUGACAGAUUUGAUCAUCUGGUUGACAUUUAUGCGUGGAAUCCACAUUGUCGAUACUUUGAUGGUCUUGGACCCUCAGGUACUUCAAUUAUGAGGGUCUUCUCCAAUUUCGCCAUCUCCUUCUCCAUCAUCUCGGUGCUCACUGGCAUCACCACCACUUACAACACCGGAUUGAGAUUCGGCGGCACCGUGACUCUUGUCUACGGAUGGUUCGUGGCCGGCGCCUUCACAAUGUGUGUGGGACUAUCGAUGGCUGAGAUCUGCUCCUCUUACCCAACCUCCGGCGGUCUCUACUACUGGAGUGCUAUGCUCGCCGGUCCACGAUGGGCCCCACUUGCCUCCUGGAUGACCGGAUGGUUCAACAUCGUUGGUCAGUGGGCAGUGACGGCGAGCAUUGAUUUCUCACUGGCACAGCUGAUUCAGGUGAUCGUGCUUCUCUCCACCGGCGGUAAAAACGGCGGCGGAUAUCAAGGAUCCGACUAUGUUUUGAUUGGCCUCCAUGGUGGAAUCCUCUUCAUCCAUGCUCUUCUCAACAGCCUCCCCAUCUCCGUCUUGUCUUUCAUCGGACAGCUUGCUGCUCUCUGGAAUCUACUCGGGGUUGUGGUUCUCAUGAUUCUUAUUCCUUUGGUUUCUACGGGAAGAGCCACCACUCAUUUUGUCUUCACCAAUUUCAACACUGACAAUGGCCUCGGCAUUACCAGCUACGCUUACAUAUUCGUCUUGGGGCUCCUCAUGAGCCAGUACACCAUUACAGGGUAUGAUGCCUCUGCCCAUAUGACAGAGGAGACCAUUGACGCUGACAAGAACGGGCCUAGAGGAAUUAUCAGUGCAAUUGGGAUCUCAAUUCUGUUUGGAUGGGGUUAUAUAUUGGGCAUAAGCUAUGCGGUCACAGACAUACCUUACCUUCUGAGUGAGACCAACGACUCUGGAGGAUACGCCAUUGCUGAGAUCUUCUACUUAGCUUUCAAGAACAGGUUUGGGAGUGGCACUGGGGGAAUCGUGUGCUUAGGUAUUGUUGCGGUUGCUGUGUUUUUCUGUGGCAUGAGCUCUGUCACCAGCAAUUCCAGGAUGGCGUAUGCGUUUUCGAGAGAUGGAGCGAUGCCAUUGUCAUCGUUAUGGCACAAAGUGAACAGCAGAGAGGUUCCCAUCAAUGCCGUUUGGCUCUCUGUUUCCAUAUCGUUCUGUAUGGCCCUCACCUCACUGGGGAGCAUAGUGGCGUUCCAAGCAAUGGUGUCAAUAGCAACAAUUGGACUGUACAUAGCAUACGCAAUCCCGAUCCUUCUGAGAGUGACGUUAUCGCGUAAAACCUUUGUGGCUGGACCAUUCAGCCUGGGGAAGUACGGGAUGGUGGUUGGGUGGGUGGCGGUCUUGUGGGUUGCAACCAUCUCGGUCCUCUUCUCACUUCCUGUGGCGUAUCCCAUAACCGCAGAGACGCUAAACUACACUCCAGUGGCAGUGGCUGGUGUGUUGGCCAUAAUCCUCUCGUACUGGGUUCUAAGCGCCCACCACUGGUUCACAGGUCCGGUCUCCAACAUUCUUAGCUGA